AUGCGCAUCAACGUUUCUAAGUCUGCCGUCCUGGCAGGACUGAUCCUUGCCUGCCCUGUACGGUCCACGAUAACCUUCGAGACGGUCCUCGAGGCAACCAGAGACAUCACAGCUAUUACCACCACCGUUGACGGUCUCAUUGAGGAUCCAAGCAUUAUUAACCUUAUAAAAGCCGUGCCUAGUCUUGUGUCCGAAACUGUCCAACUUGCUACCGACAUUGCGCAUGACCUAUUCUCUGACGACUCGGUCCCGCUCAACCAGACCGAGCAAUUGGACGCUUGUAGCACCUUCAAGGACUUUGCGACUGCUGAAUUCGACUUGGUCACCACCAUUGCUGAGAAAGUGGCAGUUCUGGCGACGAGCUGGAUACCAUUCGCGUCAAUACUUCAAGGGUUGUUCCACGACUUGGAGCAGGUCAUUGACACUGCCGCGGCUAUGGUUAUCAAAGUUGCUCCGGUUUGUUCGAGUGAAACAAAGGAUCUGCAGACUAGUCUGGAUACCUCCUUUCAGAGGAUUUAUGACAGUCUUUCAUAA